CGGAGACAGACGGAUGACAAUCAUACAGACAUGCUGCGACUGAUGAUUCUCUGCUCACUGCUCACAGGUGCCAGUGGAGACAGAUAUCUCAAUAUGUUCAGCAGUGAUGGUGAGAAUAUGAAUCUGCCCUGUGAUAAUCCUCAUACUGACUCCAGAUUAACUACAUGGAUAUAUAGUGGAGAACGUUCAGAGACAGUUGUAUUAUUUGAAAAGGGUAUAAAGAAGAAUGACAUAAAGAGACGUGAGAGACUGAGUCUGGAGUCUGACUGCUCUCUGAACAUCUAUAAAAUCACAACUGAAGAUCGUGGAAUUUACACCUGCAGACAAUAUGAGAAUACAGAGACACAUAUUGAUACCAAUGUUCAUCUGCGUGUUCUUCAUGUCUCUCCAUCAUCCACACAGACUGAGAUUAGACCUGGCAGCUCUUUCACUCUCUCCUGUCAGUUAUAUGUAUAUGCUGGAUAUCCUUGUGAUGACUUCUUCACUUCUGAGAGAUUUCAGCUGAUCUGGGUGAAUAAGACUGGUGUGAAUCUGCAGUCAGACUCCAGAUAUCAGAUCUCGUCUCCUCAUCACUGUAACAUCACUCUGACUACAACACUCCUCGAUGAAGACAACAACACAGAGUGGAGAUGUCAGCUUACUGACGAAAGUGAAGUCAAGACCUCAGCCAGAUAUACUGUCACAUACUCGGACACCUCAACUCCAGCAACAGUGAUUCCCGCUGUAACUGCUGCUCUAGCGGCUCUUAUGGCUCUUAUCGCUCUUAUCGCUCUGUGGUUGAUCUGUAAGAAAAGAGCCGGGGCAGAUAAGAAGGCCGAUCCCGCACAGGUGAUCAGCAGUUUGACCCCGGUGACCCCUCCUCCUCCUCCUCCUCCUGCUGAUGAUGAUGAUGAUGGGAGGACAGAAGAUGUGUCUUAUGCUGAGGUCAUGAUUUUCACAAACAAGUUUACUGAAAGACACACUGUUCGGUCUGAUGAUAAAGUGACGUAUGCUGUGAUCAGAGGAGCUGAACUCCAGGAUGAAGGACUGAAGAUCUGCUGAUACCCGUGUGAUCGAGAAUCAGCCCAAAUUAAUAACAAACGACAAGUUAUAGAAUCAUUUUGAGACUUAAAAUAAGACUUGAACAGUCACAGUGAUGUAAACAAGUUUAACAGUUUAACCAUGUAUACAAGUAAUUCCUAUUAUUUAUUGAAAUAUUGUAAAGUUUUCCAUUGAAAAUGUAGAAAUUAUUAUGCCAAUGUAAAAAAUAGGACUAUAUCAGACUUAUAUGUGUGGAAGUUUUCAUUCAUUUUUGACUUUUCUAAAAAAAAUAUUAAUAAAAAAAAAAGCAUGUGUGUCUGUGAAGACCAUAGGGAGUCCUGUUUGUGAUUUUAGAUUUGAUGAGCCGCUGUCACCAUAAACCAGCCUGUCAAUCACAGAUAAAAUCCUCAUUUACUCA